AUGUGUGGAAUUCUUGCUGUUCUUGGUUGCUCUGAUGACUCGCAGGCCAAGAGGGUCCGAGUUCUUGAGCUUUCGCGCAGAUUGAAGCAUCGUGGACCUGACUGGAGUGGGCUGUACCAGCAUGGAGAUUGUUUCUUGGCUCAUCAGAGGUUGGCCAUCAUUGACCCUGCCUCUGGUGAUCAACCUCUCUACAACGAAGACAAGUCAAUUGUUGUCACGGUGAAUGGAGAGAUUUACAACCAUGAAGAGCUGAGGAGCCGUCUGCCGAAUCACAAGUUCCGAACCGGCAGCGAUUGUGAUGUCAUUGCCCAUCUGUAUGAAGAGUAUGGGGAGAAUUUCGUUGAUAUGCUGGACGGCAUGUUUUCGUUUGUGCUGCUGGAUACCCGCGACAACAGCUUCAUCGUUGCUCGUGAUGCUGUCGGAAUCACUUCCCUCUAUAUCGGCUGGAGUCUUGAUGGCUCGGUUUGGAUAUCAUCGGAACUGAAAGGGUUGAAUGAUGAUUGCGAACACUUUGAGAGCUUUCCACCCGGUCAUCUGUACUCGAGUAAAGAAGGUGAACUUAAGAGGUGGUACAACCCUACUUGGUUCUCGGAGACCAUUCCAUCAGGGCCAUAUGAUCCGCUUGUUCUGAGGCGCGCCUUUGAAACUGCUGUGAUCAAAAGGCUAAUGACUGAUGUGCCUUUCGGAGUUCUUCUCUCCGGAGGUCUGGAUUCAUCUUUGGUCGCCUCUAUCACUGCUCGUCACUUGGCAGGCACAAAGGCGGCCAAGCAGUGGGGUGCACAGCUCCAUUCCUUCUGUGUUGGACUCGAGGGCUCACCCGAUCUGAAGGCUGCAAAAGAAGUUGCAGAUUAUCUGGGAACCGUUCACCACGAGUUUCAUUUUACAGUUCAGGAUGGAAUUGACGCGAUCGAAGAUGUCAUAUACCACAUAGAAACAUAUGAUGUUACCACUAUCCGAGCAAGUACCCCUAUGUUUCUCAUGUCGCGUAAGAUCAAGUCCUUGGGGGUUAAGAUGGUGAUUUCUGGCGAGGGAUCUGAUGAAAUUUUCGGUGGAUACUUGUACUUCCACAAGGCACCCAACAAAGAAGAGUUCCACCGCGAAACCUGCAGAAAGAUCAAGGCACUGCACAUGUAUGAUUGCCUCAGGGCAAACAAAUCAACAUCUGCCUGGGGCUUAGAAGCCCGAGUCCCAUUCUUGGACAAGGAUUUUAUCAAAGUUGCAAUGGAUAUUGAUCCCGAGUUUAAAAUGAUCAAAAAGGACCAAGGAAGAAUUGAGAAAUGGGUCCUCCGAAAGGCGUUUGACGAUGAGGAGCAACCUUACUUGCCAAAGCACAUUCUGUAUAGGCAGAAGGAGCAGUUCAGCGACGGGGUUGGCUAUAGUUGGAUUGACGGCCUCAAAUCCCAUGCUGCUCUCCAUGUCACUGAUAAGAUGAUGAUGAAUGCUGAACGCAUCUUCCCCCACAACACUCCGAAUACAAAGGAAGCCUACUACUACCGAAUGAUUUUUGAAAGGUUCUUCCCACAGAACUCGGCCAGGAACACGGUGCCUGGAGGACCGAGUGUAGCCUGCAGCACAGCCACAGCUGUGGCAUGGGAUGCUGAAUGGUCCAAAAAUCUUGACCCAUCUGGCAGGGCUAUAUUUGAAGUGCACCAACAAGCUUAUGACAAGCAGGGUGCACCGUUGACUAGCGGAAUUCCAGAGAUCAUCGACAAUGUACCUCAGAUGAAAGCGAGCACCGUGGGGGUUGCGAUCCGCAGUUAGUAAUGCCCGAAGGAGGAUCCGAACCCUCAAGUUUUAAGGAGGGUGGUAAUCAGUGAUUACUAAUCACAGAAUUAAGAGGCUUUGCGAUGUCUUUUCGAUGUAAAAAAUGUAAUGGGGGCUUCUAUGUAAAGUUGAAAGCAAAAGGCCACAGUGGUUUCCAAUGGAUGUUUGUGUGGUCAUAUGUUGUAGUAUUCUUAAGUGUGUUGUCUAAUGUUGUUGUGGAGAUGUUUUAAAGGUUAGAAGAACCUCUAUGUAUGUUUCCUUUUGGUUUCAGUCCUCUUUGUCUCACUUUGAAUAAUAAGAAAUGAACCUGCAUAUGUUAUGGUGUC